AUGGGCCAGGCUGGAGGCUGCCCCUCCUUCCUCUUCCAGGACUUUCACCCUAGCUGCUGUUUGGUUUUGGCUAUGUUCCUCAGGGCUGCAUCCUGGAGGUUAUCUCCCUGGAGGGGUUACUGCUCCAGGGGGUCACAGGGUGGACUCAGCCAGGGGUUUGUGGAGGCUCUGAAGGCAGUUGUAGGGAGCUCCCAUGUGUCCACUGCUCCUGCUGUCCGAGAGCAACACGGACACGAUGAGUCAAUGCACAGGUGCCAACCUCCUGAUGUUGUGGUGUGGCCUCAGAAUGUGGACCAGGUUAGCCAACUGGCAGCCCUGUGCUACAAUCAACAUGUCCCCAUCAUCCCGUUUGGUACGGGUACUGGCCUUGAAGGAGGAGUCUGUGCUGUGCAGGGUGGCGUGUGCAUCAACCUGACCCAUAUGGACCGGAUCAUAGCAUUGAAUACAGAAGACUUCUCUGUGGUGGUGGAGCCUGGUGUCACCCGUAAAGCUCUCAAUACCCACCUGCGUGACAGUGGCCUUUGGUUUCCUGUGGACCCUGGUGCAGAUGCCUCUCUGUGUGGCAUGGCGGCCACCGGGGCCUCAGGUACCAAUGCUGUGCGCUAUGGAACCAUGCGAGACAACGUGAUCAAUCUGGAGGUGGUACUGCCUGAUGGGAGGCUUCUUCAUACUGCAGGCCAGGGCCGCCAUUACAGGAAGAGUGCUGCUGGCUACAACCUCACAGGACUGUUUGUGGGCUCUGAGGGGACUCUGGGCAUCAUUACAUCUGCCACCCUGCGCCUGCACCCUGCACCCGAGGCCACAGUGGCUGCCACCUGUGCAUUCCCCAGUGUCCAGGCUGCUGUAGACAGCACUGUUCAGAUCCUUCAGGCUGCAGUACCUGUGGCCCGUAUUGAGUUCCUGGAUGACAUCAUGAUGGAUGCCUGCAACAAGUACAGCAACCUAAACUGUCCAGUGGCACCUACACUUUUCUUGGAGUUCCACGGCUCAAAGGAGGCAUUGGCAGAACAGCUGCAGCAGACAGAGGCAAUUACUCAAGAUAAUGGAGGCUCACACUUCUCCUGGGCCAAGGAGGCCGAGGAGCGUAGCCAGCUUUGGGCAGCGCGACACAAUGCUUGGUAUGCAGCCUUGGCCCUGUCUCCUGGAAGCAAGGCCUAUUCCACGGAUGUGUGUGUACCCAUCUCACGGCUGCCCAAGAUCCUGGUAGAUGCCAAGGAGGAACUUAAGGCCUUGAAACUCACAGGAGCCAUUGUUGGGCAUGUGGGUGAUGGCAACUUUCACUGCAUCCUGCUGGUUAAUCCAGAUGAUGUUGAAGAACAGAAGAGGGUCAAGGCCUUUGCAGAAAAUCUGGGCAGACGUGCGCUGGCACUUGACGGGACAUGCACUGGGGAACAUGGCAUUGGGCUCGGAAAGCGACAGCUGCUGGAAGAGGAAGUGGGUGCUGUGGGCAUGGAGACUAUGCGGCAGCUCAAAGUCACGCUGGAUCCCCGAGGCCUCAUGAACCCAGGCAAAGUGCUAUGAGGAACUUCGUUCACAAUCCCCAGAAUGCAGAACCCCUGUUCUGGAAGUUUCCUUCAUGCCUCUGACUUUGCAAAGGACAAAAUGAAUGGCUGAUGAUCUCUCUGCCUGCUGGCUAGCCCUCAAUACCUGGGGCUCAAGGUGAAGCAGCUGGCCUCAUACCCACCUUUGCUGUCCUGAGGAGCCUUCAGUUUAGUAGAAAACCCAGGGCGUUUCCCAGUGAAGCCUUUUCGUCUCUGCUCAUUCUGUCUUGGCUGGCAGAGAUGGUAUGGGUCUACUCCAAGACUAAGAUCAGCUCCCUCUAUUGAGCUCCCCCCCGCCGGGGGCCCGGCACCUUCAUAUUUCAUCCUAUACUGCUCUCCUGGAAUGGGAAGGCCUUGCUGCCUACCUCUCCUAAAUGAAUGUGAACCCCAUUUACAGCCCUGUGGAGAGCAGAAGGGGGCAUAUUCAGUGUCUUUUCUCCUCUGUUCCAGGUCUCUGAUUUUUGGGCAGUAAGCAAUUUGUUUUGGGCCUGUCUUCUGAGACUAGAAGCCCAUGAAGGGAGUUGGUGUUCAGGCUUUGGAAGAAAGCCUGUAUCAACUGCUCUACUUCUGGGUACCUGAGGCAGCUGACUUGCCUGUGGCAGAGGCCACUUAUGAUAGCCUUCCCAUCAGGCCUGGACUGGGCCUUGGAACACCCUGCACACCCUCUUUAAAACACUGCUACUGGCCAUAAGAAACCUAGGUGAGAUGAUCCUCCGAGUACCACACCUCCCCAUGGUGUGAUGCAUGAUACCACCAGUUUUUGCCCUUAAAGUCAAUGCCUGUCAGUCUUGAGAUCCCUUGGCCAGAGCACCUCUUUAGAUACUUGGCAGUUGUUCCCCAGAAGUCCACAAGAGGGCGCCUGACACCAUAAAUCUUAAAUCACAGCACCAGCUUAGGGCAGACUGGACCAGUGUCUGUAGCUCCCAGCUGUGGGCCACCCACCUUCCAGCGUUAGCUGUUCAGCCCCUAACCCCGCCCCCCCGUGGGUCUCGGUAGACUGUAGUGCCACCUUCCCUACUCUUAGAUCGAACCAGGGCAGGAGGGGGCAACAGCAGUCUUCUGCUCACUUCAUGCCGUCAGAAGCCUCCUCGAUCCCCUAACCAUCCCCUAACCACCCUUCCCACCAGGCUCUGGACAGAGGAAGUCACUCUGCCACUUUAUCAAUCCAACUUAGUUCUUGGGACCCGUUCUCUGUGAUGUUUGUCUCAGUUCCCUGGUUGGGAGCGGAGGCUACACCAGGGGCAGUUUGUGGUUUAAGUGGCAGGUCUCAUCAAGUCUACUUCCAAACCACUUCAAGACACAGAAAUCUCUAGCCUUUCCCUUUUCCACACAGACUGCUGGCUCCUCCCUCAAGCCCAAAGUGGAGUAGUGCUGGACGGGCAGCGCUCUUAGAUAAGCCCUCUAUUGAUUGGUAACUAGUAGGCACACAACAGCCAUUUCCCCACAAUUUCUUUUAUUAAAGAAAAAUUCAAACAUACAGAAAAAUUGAAAGACAAGUAACACCACUGAAAUAUCAGUCACUGAAGAUUCAACAAUGGACAUUUUGCCUUAUUUGCUGUAUUGGGGGGACAUUUGGAAUUAUACAAUUCUUGAAAUCAUUCACCUAUAUAAAUUCAGCAUCUAUCUCCUAAGAACAUUUUCCUAUGAGCUUCAAUACUAUUAAAUGGCUAUUAGAUGCGUGGUUUUCUCAAAAGGGGUGUCCAGGAGAGAAGGAAGAACCCAUCUCUUGGCUCCUCCAUAUUCUCUCCCCUCUCAGAAAGGCAGAGCAGAAAUGGGAUUUUGGAGAGCUGUCUGGGUGGCAGUGACAAACAGUGCCACCUUGGAAGGCCAGACAAGCCCAAUCCCACCCUCACACCAGGUGCUGGCAAUCUGGGUCUGAAUUCAGAGGACGUGACAGCCAGAGCAAAGGGCUUUGGUGUGUCAGGUGGGGGUGGAAGUCACUGGGGGUAGAGAUGAGCACCAGCCUAGAGAGCCUGGAAUAGCACCAGGCGUGAGGCCCAGUCCUGCCCCAUCCAACACAACCACUGGGCUCAGCUAUGGCACAGCCAAAACAGGCUCAUGCUGCCAAGGUGGGCACACAGAACCUCCAUCUCCAGGCCCAGGGGUCAGGCAAGGAGAUCUCCUUCAGGGCUGGGCCCUGCCCUGCCAGCUCUGCUGGUAGAAUUAAAUAUAGAACAGGGAGACACAGUUGCCAGGCAGAAGCUGGAGGUGCUGGGAAUAGAACAGUGCCCUUUGCAAUAGCAAAGCUACAAAGAAGUCUGCUGCGCAUGUGCCAGGCCUGCAGGGCAGAUCCUUUGACCCUCACAGUAAACUCUGAGCUGCAUGAUUUGUGUCCCCACGUUACAUGCAAGGAAUCUGAAAUUCAGAUAACGAAUUACUUCAACAUCACUCUGCCAAGAAGUGCAGUGUGAAAAUGCAGAGCCCAGGGUCUAGCCACUAACUCAACAGUGCUCAUAGUAGGUCCUGAGGUCUCUGACUCAGGCUCAAAAAGUUUUCUGAGCUUGCCUGUCUUGGCUCACACGUGUCCACUGGCUUCCAACAAAUGUCCUUGCACAAAGAUGCUUCAGGAAGCAUCUGAGGGAAAGUGACCUCAGAGCAAAGGUCCUGGAGGCAGCACAGUUCAGACAAGGGCCUGGAGGGAUGGAGCUCUCGGGCAACAAUACAAGGGGCAAGCCUAGAAACAGUCAGGGCAGAGGUGUGCAGCCCUCUCCCUUCAGAACUUUCCUUGGCAGACUCUGCAGAAGGCUCUGGAAUGCAGCUCCUGGAGCCUGGCCGGGAGACAGGGUGGGCAUGCACUGCUACCCCCUGCCCUGAGCUUCCUGCCCAGCCUGAAGUUUGCCAACUUUUAUGAGGCUAAUGGCUCAUUCUGGUUCAAGGACUGUGAGUUGGCUCAGCCCCAAACCAGGGCUUCUUUCUGGGCCUCAGUGAAGCAUGCCCAUGAGUCAGCACUGAACUGUGGACAAGCAACAGGCAAGCAGAACACGGGACAGAGAACACGGGUUGUGAGGGGGGUUGGGCUGGCACCUGGAGGUGCCCACAUCCUUGCAGCCUCUGACAGCUGCAAGAUCUUUGCCUCUGAAGACCUUUCCAAAAGCUCCAUCACAAGCACAGUCGGCAGAGUGACAAUCACUCUGUGAUGCAGGACACACCUGAAUCACCACUUCCAAGUCUCCACCCAGGUGCAGCUGUCUGAGACCCACUACAUACACCUUGCAGGCACCGCACAGGUGCUGAGAGAAUGCUGGGGGGUUGGGGGUGGGGCAGAGGGAAAUGGACCUUUGCCCCCUUUUCUUGAUUGUGUAACAAUACUUUAUUAAAAUAAAACCACACAGUGCAUCUUUUAUUAGACAUUAUUUUAAUACCAUAUCAAAACACCUUGACCGAUGAAGAAAGUUUUUCUCCCAAGCUUUGAACAUUUUUUUUAAACACUUUGUAAGGUUUUUUUUUUUUUUUCCGUAAUUUACUAUA